AUGAUGGUUUCCGCGGCCCGCCUUAGGGCGGCGAGCCGUGCAGCGGGCAGACCGACGGUCACAGCGAGGCUGCACCAGGCGCUGGCCCAGCCGAGCAAGGAGGGCACCGCCCAGGUGGGGGGGCUUCUGCAGCUGCUGGAGCAGCGCGGCUUGGAGUUCAGCCCGGUGAAUGUCUCCAUGGCUCUGCAUCGGCUUGGAACGCUGGGCUGCAGAGAGACUGCAGUCCUCCUGCCUUUGCUGGACCACGCGAGCAGAUGUUGCAAGCACUUCGACUUUCAGGGCUUGGCCAACAUUUCCUGA